GGAAUCUCUAGGGAUAUAUAGAUUGAGAAAUGGGUGAUAUGAAAAGAGAAAAAGUGAGAUUCUGGUGUAGGAGAGAUUAAGAAAGUGAAAAUAUGAAUGAAUGGACAUUUUCAAAUAAAUAGAAAUUAGAGAAGACCCUUAGACCCUUGUAGGAAGGGCCUGUGAUGAAUACUAAGACCAAGUGAAAAGUGAUAAAGGCUGGGAGAAAUAUGAUGCGUGAAAUACAGAUGGUGUAAGUGUUCCAGAGUAAGACAGAAAGAUCAAGAAAGAUGUUUUUAGAAAGUCAAGUAAUAUAAGAUGAAUCAUGGGUGGUUGAAGAAAACAAGGGAGCAUAAAGUUGGAUGGAUAAAAAUACUUAGGUAUUCAAACAUAGAUUACUGAAGAGACCCAUGUAGUGAGUUUUAAAGGAUUGAAGAGACCAACUCAGAAGUUUGAAAAGUGGAGAAAACAUGAUGGUGAAAGACAGAUAUAGUAUGAGUCAAGAUUGCUGAGAUUCUAGAUGUUGAGAGACUGAUGUGUGGAGAGAACUGUAAGAAAUGGAGAUUUGUGCAUGGAAAAGUUGACAGAAUUAAAAAUAGAGAUGGCAACGGGCAGAGAUAGGACUGUCUGAAAGGAAUAGUGCACUGAGAUAUAUAAGAGCAGAGUUCAAGAAAAAGAGAGGUGUAAUGUAACAGAAAACAGUAAUAGAACUUGGAAUAGAACAGAAUUUUGAAUAGAAAUAAUGUAAUUAUAUAAGGUGCAAAAGUGUAGAAAUACAAAUUAGGAUAGAUAAAAGGUAAAAGGAAGCAGAGUAAUAGAGGAAAAGAAAACAGACACCUAGAUCAAAAAACAAAUGAAUGAAAGGAGAAAUCCAGAAAAAAGGAUAUGAAUGGUUUAAUAAAGAAUUAAGAGAAAUAGAAAAUAUGUGGAUAGCUGGAAAGGUACCGAGAUGUAGAGCAGAAUUGCAAGGGAAGGAAAAAUGCAAAGUCCUAGAGUUAAAGUUGAAUGAAAGUUAAAGUAUAUUGAGAGGUGAAAUACAGUGAAAAGGAGCUGUAGAUGGAAAGAUAAAGAAUUUGCUAGAAGAAUGAAUGAAAAAUGAGAUGAUUGAGAAUUGCAAACCUGAAUAAAAGAACAGAGUGAGAGCCAUAUGAGAGGAGAAUCUAAGAGAGAGGUGAAAGGUCAUAUAAAUCUUGACUUAAAUUUUCCUGAAUAGAAGAAAAAUGAGAAAUGUCUGAAUGUAGAAAUCUAAAUAAAUGAAGCUAGAAAAUAAAAAAAGGCUGAGAAGGGUAGAGCUAAAAAUAUGCAAAAAGAUGAGCCCACCCUGAGAAUCCUCAAAUGAAAGGAGAAGACAAGAUGGGAAGAGACUGUGCAAAAGAAAAGAUUGAGUAAUGGUAGAAAGAAGAGCAUAUGAAUAGUUAGAAAAAUAUAGGGGAAAUAAAGAUACAGGAAGAAGCAAAUUGCCAGAGAAAGGAACAGGAAGAGUAGUAAUUGAGAAACAAAUUUUAGUGAAAGAAGAUUUGUGCAUAGAGCACUCAAGUUGCAGAUGGAUGAAUGUGAAAAGGAACUAUCAGCAAAAAGGUCUAAGUGAAAGAAUAGAGGGAGAACUCCUCUAGGAAUGAGUAUAUUAUUAGGAAAAUGCUUGUUUAGGAUUUUAACGGAAGUAGAGAAUCAAAAAAAAAAGUAGAAAAUUAAUUCCCAGGCAAGGGCAGAAAACAAAAAAAGUUUAGAGAGAGAGGAGACAGAACCAAACUUUGCAGAGAUGAAAGCAUUUAAAGGGUUAGAAAAAAAGAGAUGGCCAGAUGGAAUGGAAAGACCAGAGAAGAACUGAAUAGUGGUUGGGCAUUGUGAGAGAGUAAGAAAUGGAUGGAUGGAUGGUUGGAUGGGUAGAAGGAUAGAUGCAGAGUGUGGGGAAUAGCUAGAAAAGAGCAGAGCAGGAGAAGUUCUUUAUUUUUUUUUCUAAAUGGCACUUAGAGAGCAAUGCCCAAAGGGCCAUAGACUGAGUAUGAAAGGAUAUUGAAUUUUGAUUUGUUUCUGGAGAAGUGGGGAUUGAUAGGGAUGGAUGAAGGGAACACGGCAUUCUCUGAGACUUAGGUGGUAGAAGGGAACCACUGAGUGAGAGACAUGUGGAAGCAGAGUCUGAGAAAAAGAGAAGUGUAAUGAAAGAGGUUAAUUCAGAUCUUCCAGAUGUUCAAGAAGGAAUGAAAUCAGGUGAAAUGUAGGAGCAUAACUGGGGAGAAUGACAAGGUAGAAAUGAAGCAGAGGGUCCUACAGGAUGGCAUGGAAACAGCUUGACUGAAAGAGACUGUCGAGUGAAAGGAGCAGGCCUCAGAGGAAGAGAUGAAUUGUUUGGUAGAGCUGUUGAAUGAGAAGUGGCUAGCUGGAGAGCAUGGAGACAAUUAGAAAGCUGGCAAGAGGAAGAGGUGAAUUGCUAGAGACAGUUGCAGGGAGAGAGACUCGUAGGCAUUGAGAGCCAAAUGGUAGUAAAAGGAGAUCUGUGUGUGGAGCAAAUGGAGUAAGGGAUGGACGCAUGGGCAAAGGAAGUGUCAGGCUAAUGGAGAUUUGAAUGAAAAAAUAGAGGGAAAACUUUAAGAGAGAAGGUAAGCCAAAGAAGGUAUAUUUUAGGAAAAAUGCUGGUUUGGCAUUUUAAUGAAAGGAGGGAAUGAAGCUCUCUGCAAGGGCUGAGCCUGGAGAAAUUGUCUGAUGUGGGAAGAAGGGACCAAUUGUGGCAAAGAUGAAGAUAUUCAAUAGGUUACGGGAAAGGAAAUGGUGAGAUGGGAGGGCUAGGCCAGAGAAAAAAUGAUUAGUGCUUGGGCCUAGGGACUGAGUGAGAAGUGGAUGGAUGGAGAAGGUAUGGAGAGAUGGAAGCACAGCAGGAGGAAGAGGUGAAUUUCUCAAAAUGCACCCAUUGAGGUGUGGAGAAAUAGUUAACCAGAGCUCCAUAAUUGGAGGCAACAACUGCCUGAAUAUUGUAUGGCUGAAUAGAAAGCAGGAGUUGAGAGUCCUUAAGUAAGAGAGUUGAAGCCAUAGGGAGGAGUAACGGAAGAGAAGGCUUGGUUGAGAAGGAAAUUCGAGGACAAAAUCCAAGCGCAUCAUUUAUGUGUAGGAAUAUCGAAAUUGACACAGCAGGAGAUAGAAGGUUUCAGAAAGGAGCCAUGGUGCCAAGGGGGCAGAAAUGGAGACAUGGAAAAUCUAGCCUGAGUUCAAGGGUUGAAUGGAAGAUGGAGCAGGACAGAUAGAGAUGAGUGGGUGAGGUAUUGGUAGCCAAUGAGAAGUGGAUAGAUGGAGAGCCUGUGGAUAGCUGGAGGCUGUGAAGAGAGAAAUGCUUGGCUAGAGUGGGCAAGCAAGGAGAGACCUAGACAUUGAGAGGUGUACUGUAGUGAAUGGCAGUUGUCCAUGGAGCAAUUUGCACUUUGAAAGGUACCUGAAAGGAAAACAAGCUGUUUGCCACUUGGUUCCCUGAAUGGAAGAAGAGUGAGAAAUAGUUGAGAGUGAGAGACAGUUUGGAGCAGGGUCCAGGAAAAGGAGACAUAUUAUGCAAGAACAUGCUGCAGUAACAGAGAAAUGAAUGGAGACAAUGAGACAAUGUGAGGUUUGUGAAGGGAGACAGGAAUCCUAUUUUGUAGAAGGUGGUUAGGAUGAAGUGAGGCUGAAAUGAGCCCACAGGGAAUGCUCUAGCCCUAGAUGACAGUCCUCAUGCUACUAAUGAUUUUAGGAAAACUCCAUUUAUUCCUAUAUUCUUUAAUGUUUUUAAUAAGAAUAGAUGUUAUAUUUUGCCAAAUGCUUUUUCUACACUUAUUGAUAUAAUCAUAUGAUUUCUGUUAGUUUGGUUUUUGAUAUGGUCAAUUGUGCUGAUAGCUUUCCCGAUAUUGAACCAGCCCUGCAAUCUUGGUACAAAUCUUACUGGGUCAUAAUGUAUUAUCCUGGUAUGAUAAGUUGCUGUUAUCUUUUUGCUAAUUUUUACAUCAAUAUUUAUUAGGGAAAUUGGCCUCUAAUUUUCCUUCUCUGUUUUGGCCUUUCCUUCUUUAGCUAUCAGCACAUAUCUGUGGCAUAAAAGAAAUUUGAUAGGACUUCUCCUUCCCCUAUUUUUCCACAAAGUUUGAAUAAUAUUGGAAUUUAACUUUUUUAAUAUUUGGUAGAAUUCACUUUUAAAUUUAUCUGGCCCUGCAGAUUUUUUCUUAGGGAAUUCAUUAAUGGCUUGUUCAAUUUCUUUUUCUAAAAUAGAACUAUUUAAGUAAUUAUUUCCUUGUCUAUUAAUCUGAGCAAUCUAUAAUUUUGGAGGUAUUCAUCCAUUUCACUUAGAUUAUCAGAUUUAUUGGCAUACAGUCGACCAAAAUAACUCCUAAUAAUUGCUUUAAUUUUUUCUUCAUCGGUGAUAAGAUUUUCAUUUUUGAUACAAGUAAUUUGGUUUUCUUUCUUUUUUCUAAAAAAAUUAACCAAAGGUUUAUCUAUUUUUCUUUCAGAAAACCAACUCUUAGUUUUAUUAAUUAAUUCAAUAAUUUUCUUUCAAUUUUAUUAAUCUCUCCUUUGAUUUUCAAAUUUUCUAAUUUGGUAUUUAAUUGGAAGUUUUUAAUUUGUUCUUUUUAAAUAGCAUGCCCAAUUCAGUGAUCUUCUUUUUCUUGAUUUUAUUCAAGUAAGCAUAUAAAGAUUUUAAAAAAUUGUCCUAAUAACUGCUUUGGCUGCUUACCAUAAGUUUUGGUGUAUUGUCUCGUUAUUGUCAUUCUCUUGGGUGAAAUUAUUGGCUGUUUCUCAUGAUUUGUUGUUUCACCCACUCAUUCUUUAGGAUUAGAAUAUUUAAAUUCCAAUUCACUUUUUUUGUUUGUUUUGUCUGUUUAAAUCACAGGUUUAAUUGAAAAGAAGUAAAUCAGACAACUUUUUCAAUGAAACAAGUAGCUCUUGUAACUUUUAUAAAUAUAGUUAUAACAUACAUAUAAGGCCAAUACAAUCAGCCCACAUUUUAAUGGAGGAAGAGUAUUGAGUAAGGAAAGAAUAUGAUCUUGUUUAACAUUGCUGACAUCUCAAAUUUCACGUUAAAAAACAAACAAACCAUAAAUUAUAUUAGUAGUGGGUGAAGUGAAAUCAGUCAUCUUACUAUUGGACAUCAACUUUCCAAUUCACUUUUAGUCUCACUUUCCUUGGUUCUUUUUGAAUAUAAUUUUGAUUGCAUCAUGAUUUCUUCACUAUUUCUGUCCUUCUGCAUUUCAUUGUGAAGUUUUUGUACCCCAAUUUAUGGUCAAUUUUUGUAUAGGUGCUGUAUACUACUGAGCAAAAAAUAGUAUGCUCCUUUCUAUCCCCAUUCAAUUUUCUCCAAGGGUCUAUCAUACCUAAUUUUACUAAAAUUCUAUUCUCCUUAACUUCUUUCUUACUUAUUUUAUUGUUCAAUUUAUCUAAUUCUGAGAGGGCAAGGUUGAGAUCCCCUAAUAGUAUAGUUUUGCUGUCUAUUUCUUCUUGCAGCUCUCUUAACUUCUCCUUUAGGAAUUUAGAUGCUAUACCACUUGGUGCAUAUAUGUUUAAUAUUGAUAUUGUUUCAUUAUCUAUGGUACCCUUUAGCAAGAUAUAGUUUCCUUCUUUAUCUCUUUUAAUUAAAUCUAUUUUUCCUUUUGUUUGAUCUGAGAUCAAGAUUGCUGCCUCUGCUUUUUUUUUUACUUCAGCUGAAGCAUGAUAGAUUUUGUAUUAUGUAUCUCUGCUUCAAAUGUGUUUCUUGUAAAUAACAUAUUUUGGGAUUCUGGCUUUUAAUCUACUCUGAUAUCUGCUUCCAUUUUAUGGGAGAGUUCAUCCCAUUCACAUUCACAGUUUAAAUGACUAAUUCUGUAUUUCCCACCUUCCUAUUUUUUCCAAGGUAUACUUUUCUCUCUCCUUUAACCCUUUUCCUCCUCAUUAGUGUUUUGUUUCUGAUGAAUACCUCCCUCAAUCUUCCCUCUUUUUUCAGAUCUUCUUAAGAAGAUCACUAGUCUGCCCCAAAUCACGUUUUUCACCAGUCUACAAUCCCUCUGAGCACAAUUUUGUUUUGUUUAUGUGUGGGGGAAACUAGAGAGCUUGGAAUUUUCUGAUCUCCACCAUCUUCCCAGAAUUUUCUCUCCUCUUUGAAGGUCUUAAAGCACCAUAUAAAUUGUGUUAUUAGAGAUUAAUUGAGAGAAGGGCAGAUGCAGAUAAAAAACCAACAAAGAAUAAAAAGGAAGAAAGGAUAUGCAAGAAAGUGAGGAAAGAACAGGUAGAUUGGCAUAGGGGGCGGGGCUACUGUGUGAAUUUAUUUUGUUUGAAAUUUAUCAUAUAUAUAUUUUUUUAAAAGCAAGAAGCAAGAAAUUGAGGUUUGUGAUUUCAUAUGGAAUCCACUGUUAUUUUGGGUGUUUUAAGUUCAGAAUAAAGCCACUUUUGAAAAACAAAGGGGGAUUGAGAUACUCUCUCCCCAGGCCAGGCCAGCAGGCCCAUAGCUGAGAAGUGUAAAAGACCAGAACUGGAAGCAAGGGGUGGGACUGGGGCUGGAGGGAAGAAAUUCUUUCUUUUUCUGCUUUCCAGAGUAAGGUCAGGGGGACCACAGCAAGAAGAAGAAGAGCUGAGGGAAAGAAAACUUUUUUCCCCUCGAACCAGCCAACAGAAUGACAGAGAAACUGAUGAUUCUUUCUCACUCUUCCUCUGACUCUCCCUGCUUCUCCCUGCAUGGCCAACAGGACCACAACAAAGAGAUGAACAAUUGGGGUGAGGGUGAGGGGUGGGAGAGAAGACUCGCUUUCUCUUUUCCAGAAUGAGGCCAGCAGCACCAGAGCAGGAAGAUGACCAGCUGGGAAAGAGGGAGAUACUGUCUCCCUCGUUCCCUCUUUCUUUCUCUCUUUCUCUCUCCUCCUGGAUCCAGCCAACAAGACUAGAGAUGUCUAGAAAAAAGAAGGGGAAUCAGCACGCCUCCUAGGUCUGACCAGAGGGACAGGAGUGAGUGGAAACACUUCUUCUGUCCCUGAAGCCAGCCAGAAGGCCCAAGAAAAGAUGAGAAGACAAGGAGGACGUCUGUUUCCAUCUUUCUUAGUGGAGACAAUCAGUGAGGAGACUCUCUGUCUCCGACUUGCAUUUCGUCUUCUUCCCACUGGAAAGCUCGACUAGCAAAAGUCUGAGUUGAAGGACAAACCCAACAGAGACCCUUAAUGUAUCCCUGGCCCAAGAAGCAAGACUGCCACAACCAAAAGACAACCAGGAGGGAGGAAGAGAGGAACUUUUCUUUCCUCUCUUGCUCUCUCCAGCAUGGAGAUGACCAGGGUGUAAGUAUGGGGGAGGGAGAGCUAGGGGGAAGAUUCUUUUUUUUUUUUUCAGAGUCAAAACAGUGGGACCACAGCAAGAAGAUGACUAUCAAGAAGAAGAAGAUUCUAUCUGUGUCUGCAUCUCCGUUUCAUUCUCUCAUUCUCUCCCUGGAUCCAUGAAGAGGAUUGCCAUAAAGUGAUAUCCAAAACAGGGAGAGAGAGAGAAUGAGGAGGCGCUCCCCUGGACCUGACAGAUGGAACAGGGGUUGAUGAAGCUCCUCUUUGUUUCCCUGGCUCGAAAGAGGCGAUCAAAUGAAGACCCAACAGAAGACCCUCUCUGUAUCUCUGGCCCAGGAAGCAAGACUGCCACAACUGGAAGACAUCCAGAAGGGAGGGAGAGAGAAACUUCCAUGUGCUCACUCUCCCUCCCUUGACGGCAAAGAUGUGACCAGCACAUGAAAAUGGGGAGGGGGAAAGGGAAAUAUUGUAUUUUUCAGGGCAACACCAAUAGGAGAACCACAAGGAGAAGGGGCUGGAAGAGGAGAAGGGGCUCUAGCUCCUUUUGUGCUCCUCUUCCCCCCCUCUCUGGAAGAGCCAGCUAACAGAAGCCUGACUGCGGAGGGAGAACCAUAAAACAGUUUUUAGUCAUGGUUGGUGUUGUCGGUCAUCAUCGGUCAUCGUUGUCAGAGGUGGUCGGUCGUGGUCGUAGGUCAUCGUUGGUCAUGGUCGAGGUUCAUCAGUUGUCGAUUGUCAUCAGCAGUCAUCAUCGGGGCUCGUUGAUCAUCGUCAUCAUCAGUCUUCGUCGGGGGUCUGUUGGUCAUCGAGGGUCAUCGAUUGUCAUCGAGGGUCAUCGGUCGUCGUCAGGAGUCGUUGGUCGUCAUCAGGGGUCAUCGGUCAUCGUCGGGGGUCAUCUGUCAUCAUCGGUCAUCGGGAUCGUCGAGGGUCGUUGGUUGUCGAGGGCCAUCAGUCGUCGUCGGUUGUUGUCGGGGGUCAUCGGUCAUCGUCGGGAUCGUCGAGGGUUGUCGGUCAUCGAGGGUCAUCGGUCGCCGUCGGGGGUCGUCGGUCAUCGUCGGGAUCGUCGAGGGUCGUCAUCGGGAUCAUCGAGGAUCGUCGAGGGUCGUCGUCGGGAUCGUCGAGGGUCGUCGUCGGGAUCGUCGAGGGUCGUCGUCGGGAUCGUCGAGGGUCGUCGUCGGGAUCGUCGAGGGUCGUCGUCGGGAUCGUCGAGGGUCGUCGAGGGUCGUCGUCGGGAUCGUCGAGGGUCGUCGUCGGGAUCGUCGAGGGUCGUCGGUCAUCGAGGGUCGUUGUCGGUCGUCGUCGGGGGUCGUCGGUCAUCGUCGGGAUCGUUGAGGGUCGUCGGUCAUCGAGGGUCGUUGUCGGUCGUCGUCGGGGGUCGUCGGUCGUCGUCGGGAUCGUCGAGGGUUGUCGGUCAUCGAGGGCCGUCGGAGGUCGUCGGUCGUCGUCAGGAUCGUCGAGGGUCUCGGUCAUCGAGGGUCGUCGGUCAUCGUCGGGGGUCGUCGGUCGUCGCCGGGAUCAUCGAGGGUCAUCGGGGGUCGUCAGUCGCUGUCGGGAUCGUCGAGGAUUGUCGGUCAUCGAGGGUCAUCGGUCGUCAUCAGGGGUCGUCGGUCGUCGUCGGGAUCGUCGAGGGUUGUCGGUCAUCGGUCGUCAUCGGGGGUCGUCGGUCGUCGUCGGGAUCGUCGAGGGUUGUCGGUCAUCGAGGGUCAUUGGUCGUUGUCGGGGGUCGUCGGGAUCGUCGAGGGUUGUCGGUCAUCGUCAAGGCUCGUCGGUCAUCGUUGGGAUUGUCGAGGGUUAUCGGUCAUCGAGGGUCAUCGGUCAUCAUCGGUCAUUGUCAGUCGUCCUUGCUCAUCCUUGCUCAUUGUCAGUCGUCCUCCCUCGUCCUUGGGGGUCCUCGGUCGUCCUUACUCAUCCUUGGUCGUCCUCAAAGAUUGUCAGUUGUCCUCGCUGGUUGUUGGUCAUCCUCGCUCGUCCUAGCUCAUUCUCAUAGGUUGCUGGUGAUCAUCGGUCUUCAGUCGUUGGUCAUCAUUGAUCGUCCUCGCUCAUCCUUGCUUGUCCUCGGUGGUCCUUGGUCGUCCUCGGGUGUUAUCAGUCAUCCUCACUUGUCUCAGGGGCUUUCGGUCAUCCUCAGUGGUCCUCAGUCAUCCUUGGUCAUCAGUGGUCCUCAGGGGUCGUCGGUCAACCUCAGUUUUUGGUCAUCAGGCAUCAUCGGUUGUCCUCGCUUGUCCUUGGUGGUCCUCGGUAGUCCUCGGGUGUCGUCAGUUGUCCUUGGUGGUCCUAGGGUGUCGUCGGUCAUCCUCACUCGGUGGUCCUCAGGGGUUGUCGGUCAUCUUCGGUGGUCCUCGAGGGUCGUCAGUAGUCCUCAGGUGUCGUCGGUCGUCCUCGCUCAUCCUUGGUGGUCCUCGGGUAUCAUCAGUCAUCUUCACUUGUCUUCAGUGAUCCUUGGUGAUUCUCAGGGGUCAUCGGUCGUCCUCAGUCGUCAUCAGUGGUCCUUGGGGGUUGUUGGUCAUCGUCGGUGGGCCUCAGUGGUCGUCCUCGGUGACCCUCAGUCGUCCUCAGUUCUUGGAAGCAACACUCCUACUUCAAGAAGACAACGAGGAGGGGGAGGUAAAGAGAAGCUUCUUUCUGCUCUCUUUCUAGCAAAGAUAGUCCCAGCAUAUGAGAGAGGGGAGAGAGGAGCAAAGGGAAGAUUCUCUCUUUUGCUGGAUCAGACCAAUAGGAGGACAGCAAGGAGGAGAAGGGCUGGAAGAAGAAGAUUCGCUUCCUUUCUUCUUCUUUCCCCUCACCAACAAAUGCAGUGAGCAGAAGGCUAACCGUGAAGAGUUUACCAGAAGACAGAAGAACUACUAUGGAGAAAUGGCCAAUGUGUGAGCAAGACAGAAGAUUCUUCCUCUUGUCCUGAUCAGGCCAAUAGGACCACAGCAAAUGGUCCCCAGAAAACCGGCUCUUUUUCUGAUGAUCUGGUCACAGAGGAAGAUUCUCAAAGAUGACAGAGAAAAACCAGCAAGUUGCCUGGACUGUCCUCGGUUACCCUCAAAACAACAUUCAAUCAAGCCUCUAAGAAAAUUCUGGAGUGAAAGAACUCACAAAAAGUUAAGAAAUGACAAGCAGGAUGCUCUGAAAAGAACAGGAAAAGACUUUCGUGAAUUUAUGCAAAGUGAAAUAGGCAGAACCAGAAAAACAUUGUACACAGUUAACAGCAACAUUUUAUGAUGACCUACUGCAAACAACUGAACUAUUCUCGGCAAUACCAUGAUCCAAAACAGUUCUGAAGGAUUUAUGGUGAAAAGUAAAGCUGUGCAUCUCCAGAGAAAGAACUGAGCCUGAAAGGAGAUUGAAGAUACUUUUUCUUUAUUUUUCUGGAGUUAUUUUUGUCUGUAUUCUCUUUCAAAAUGUGACUUAUGUGGAAAUGUGUUUUUCGUUAUCACACGUGUAUGACAUUUCAAAUUGUUUGCCUUUUCGAUGAAAAGGGGGAGGAGGGAAAUUUAGAACUCGGGAUUUGAAAAAAAAGAUUGAUAAAAUUGUUUUUAAUGUAAUUGGGGAAAAACAAAAUAUUGAAUUAUGGAGAGGGGGAAGAAAUGAAAAGACAGAUUUAAAAAAAAAAAACUUGGAAAGACUUACACAAACUGAUGUUGAGUAAAGUGAGCAGAAGCAGGAGAACAUUGUCCACAUGUCCCAUUGCAACACUGUGCAAUAAUAAGCUAAGAUUGACUUAGCUCUUCUGUACAAGACUGAUCCAAGAUGAUUCCAAAAGGUUCAUGAUGAAAAGUGCAAUGCACAUCCAGAGAAAGACCAUAUGGAGUCUGAAAACAGAUCAAAGCACAUUAUUUUCAUGGGUUUUUUUUUUCAAAUUUUUCCCUUUUUUCCUCUCAUUUCAUGUUAGAACUAUUAUGGAAAUAUGUUUUACAUUAUGGCAAAUAUAUAAUAUAUAUGAUGGCUUAUUUAUGGAUGAUGGCAGGAAAGAGAAAAGUAUUGAACUCAAAAUGUUUUUUAAAAUAAAUGUAAAAAUUGUUUUUACAUGUAAAAAAUAAAUUAUGGAAAAAUUAAUAUUAUGGAAAUAAUAUUAUUUGGAAAAAAUAAAGUAUGAUUGAAAAACA